AUAAAUUCGCUGUACAUUUAAAACAUUGAAUUCGUUAUAAAAUUUUUACAGCAUAUUUGCUUAUUUUGAUAAAUUCACUGUUUUGAGACAAUUUAUUUUAAAAUAUUUAAUAUCUACUUAAAAGCUAUUUCCAAUAUGCAGAUCAAAUUUUUAAUAUUUCCACUAUUAAUGUUAUUAGGAAAUGGAUGCAAUGCAGAUUAUACGACUAAUGAAUGUUCAUUAUUGGGUUUCAAUAAAGCAAAUCUUUUGUGUUCAUCUUGUGAUCAACUUAAAAAGUUUCAACUGACAUCAUUAAGAGAACACUGUGUGAAUUGUUGUCAAAUUGAUGAAGAAAAAUCUAUUAAAGUAUAUGCAAAAGCCAGAUUGGAAGUCUGUACUUGUAAAUUUGGUGCUUAUCCUCAAAUACAAGCGUUUAUAAAAAGCGAUCGUCCCAACAAGUACCCGAACUUAACGAUCAGAUAUGUACGUGGAUUGGAUCCACUAAUUAAACUCAUGGAUAGCAGUGGAAAUGUGCAAGAGGUUUUGGCAAUUGAACGAUGGGACACCGAUACAGUGGAUGAAUUCCUGAGCACCCAUUUAGAACGCAUCGAAGAUGAUUACCGGUCAAACUUAGUGUAAACUUAACUGUUUAAAAAAUACUUUUAUUUUUGUACGUGUUUUCUUUUCAUUUAUACACACUACUACAAUUUUGUAAUGUUAAUAAUAUUCGUGUUCGAGUGUCAUAAUUAUUACACAUGAAUAGAUACGGCUGCAUACGGGCAGAGUAUCCCUUAUUUACGAGAAUUAUAUGUUAUACGAAUAAUAGAACUUCGUGUACUUUUUUUUUU